GCUGGUGUGUGCAGCCGCUCGGGCUCGUGCGCGUGCAGGGUCUGGGGCUUGAGCAGCAGAAAGAAGAAAGGGCAGUUUCGAGGAAGUGACGGACGAGGCGCAGCGGACCGGUCAGAGGAAGUUUACUCGAUGCUGGUUCCGUGCGGCUGAGCCAAACUUUUACCCCCCCUUCGGCUCCAGCUCCAGAGGCGGCGGAGGCGGCACCGUGGACCGGGACUCAGGGAUCCAGCGGCGGCAGCUCCAGCUCCAGCUCCAGAAGCAUCCGGGAGGAAUAACUUGACAUCGGGGAUCGCAGAGGAAUUUCACUCCCGCAACCGACUCCCCCCCCCCCCUUCUCCCCUUUCCCUUCUCCUUCUCUUCCCCGCGCCUCCUCCGGGGUUUUUCUUCUUCUCUCCGGGAUCCGCGAUGGGGAAGGAGCAGGAGCUGCUCGAGGCGGCGCGCACGGGCAACCUGGCCGCCGUGGAGAAGCUUUUAUCCGGGAAGCGACAGUCAGCGGGCACCGGCGGUGGGUCGUCGGGCAUCGGCGGAGGUGGCAGCAGUGGCGGCCACGGAGCCUCCUCUCACCCGCUCUCCAGUCUGCUCAGUAUCUGGAGAGGCCCCAAUGUGAAUUGUGUGGACAGCACUGGAUACACCCCCCUCCACCACGCUGCCCUGAACGGACACAGCGAGGUGGUGGAGGCGCUGCUACGAAACGAGGCCUUGACCAACAUCGCCGACAACAAGGGCUGCUACCCGCUCCACCUGGCGGCGUGGAAGGGGGACGAGCACAUCGUCAAGCUGCUCGUCCACCAGGGGCCGUCGCACCCCCGACUCAACGAGCAGAGCUCUGUAGACCAUAAAGAGUUCAAACGCUGUGGGCCCUUUGACCCCUAUAUUAAUGCCAAGAACAAUGACAACGAGACGCCGCUGCACUGUGCUGCCCAGUACGGCCACUUCCAGGUGGUGCGGCUGCUCCUGGAGGAGUUGACGGACCCCACCAUGAGGAACAACAAGUUCGAGACCCCACUGGACCUGGCGGCGCUCUACGGCCGCUUGGAGGUGGUCAAGCUGCUGCUCUGUGCCCACCCCAACCUGCUCAGCUGUAACACCAAGAAACACACGCCGCUGCACCUGGCCUCUCGGAAUGGACACCUGUCUGUGGUGGAGGUGCUGCUGGAUGCCGGCAUGGACAUCAACUAUGAGACGGAGAAAGGCAGCGCCCUCCACGAAGCGGCCUUGUUUGGGAAGGCGGAUGUGGUGCAGAGACUUCUCAGUGCAGGUAUCGACGUGAACAUCACCGACCAGAAGGGCCUCCCAGCGCUGGACACGGUCAAGGACAUGCCCUCCCAGAAGAGCAGAGAAAUAGUUGCUCUCGUUUUAGGUCACAUGGCUGGGAAACCCCCUGACAUCGACCUCCCCCCUCCGCCAAUACCACCGCCUCAGGAGAGUCCCAGCCCACGCAGAAAGGGUGAAAUGGAGAAGAUGAGCGAGUUGAUCUCGGGGCUGGCCCCGGGGCCCGAGGAGGAGAGCCCAUAUGAGGCUCUGUAUGAAGCCACCUCCUGUCACUCUCUGGACAGCCUCACCAGCGGCAAGUCCUCUGACAGAGACUCUGGACGGCCGGAUAGUGAAGCUGGCAAGAAAGAUCGUCUGGUCCACACAUCACAUCCUGGUCCUGGUCAUGAAGAGGAGGCGAGCUCAGAGGCGCUGUAUACUAACAGCAUCAUUGAUGAGAGAGGCAAGCCGGUGAAGGAGGAGGAUCACACGUACGAGUUGUUGUUGUCUGCACAGACCAAAGUCCCGCUGCCAAGCAAGGAGUCCCACUCCCACAAAGAUGAGAAUACCACUGCACAGUCUUCCAACAGUGUCCUACCUCAGCGUAAACCCACUGCCCCAAAUGACCUCAGAGCCCCAAGCAAGACGAAAGACUCCCUGCACCUUCCUGGACAGUUGGGCCCACGGCUACCGGGAGAUAACUCCCAGGCCAGCCAGGAGCCAGGUGUCCCGGAGGUGUUCACUGGCCUCCUGCACGGAUCCUCACCUGUCUUCGACUCCGGCGAGGAGCCCUUCAGGCUCCCAGGUGUUCCGCUCCCCGCCAAGGGCCAGAAAGAAUCACGGAAAACUGCCAAAGUAAAAGAGGAAGUAGUAGCAGCAGCCACGCCGCCACCUAGCCGUCCCAGUAUGGCGGCCAUCCUCACGGACUGUGACCCAAAAGCGAUUUAUGCAACUGUGAUCAAGGAACACAGGGACUCUGGGGCCGGGGCUGUGUCUCCCGGAAGGAUGCGCCCGCCUGGGGACCUGAAACUGGCACGCAGCCUCUCCAAGUCAGACUCAGACCUACUGGUGUCGCCUCCCAGCGAGGAGGACGGCGGACUGGGGAACCGUAGCGAGUCUGUUUCUAACUGUAGCACUGGAAAGAAGAGGCUUGAGAAAUCUCCGUCUUUCACUUCAGAAUGGGACGAGCAGACACCGACGACCUCUCCCACCACAAAACAACGAAGAUCUAAUUCCGUUGACAGCAUCGAGAAGAUCAUGACGCUGAUUGGUGCCGGCAUCGAUUUCUCCAGAGAUCAGCAAUAUGCAACGCCAGGUGCUGCGGGCCGGCUGCUGGACCAGCCUGUGGGAGACUGGCUGGAGCACGUGGGGCUCCCGCAGUACGAGAGCAAGCUGCUCCUCAACGGCUUCGACGACCUGCACUAUAUGGGCAGUAAUGUCAUGGAGGACCAGGACCUGAGAGAGAUCGGGAUCCAGGACCCAAGUCACAGAAAGAAGAUCCUGCACGCAGCACGUUCAUUACCUAAGGUGAAAGCUCUGGGCUGUGAUGGCAGCAGCUCCCUGUCCUCCUGGCUGGACAAUCUGGGACUUCAAGAGUACUUGCAAAACUUCCUGACCAGCGGCUACCGCACUCUGGACUGUGUGAAGAACCUGUGGGAGCUAGAGAUCGUCAACGUGCUGAAGAUCUCCCUCCUGGGUCACAGGAAACGCAUCAUUGCUUCUUUAGCAGAGAGACCCUACGAGGAGCCUCCGGUCAAACCUCCUCGCUUGUCUCAGAUCAGGUGCCAAGACCUGCCUGGAUCCCACACCUCGUCCCCCCUCAGUCAGAUGGAUUCCUACGCAGGUCGAUCCAUGGACCCUCUGCUGCCUGUAGUAGAGCCGGGGAGGAAAAAAGUGCCAAAUAACGACUACGACGUGACCCAAAGAUAUCACAGUGAACGACACAGAUCUCAUGAACGGUACGAGGAGCGGCAUCGAGAGCCUCGUCUGACGCUGCGUCCUCCGAGUCUGGCUGCGCCCUACGCCCCCGUCCAGAACUGGCAUCACUCACCGGAGAAGCUCAUCUUCGAAUCCUGUACUUACGAAUCCAGUUACCUGGGGUCCAUGCUCAUCAAGGAGCUGCGAGGUACCGAGUCCACGCAGGAUGCCUGCGCCAAAAUGCGGAGGUCGACGGAACAAAUGGGGAAGGUCCCGACCAUCCUCCUCUCCAUCACCUACAAGGGUGUGAAGUUCAUCGAUGCAGCCAAUAAGAACAUCAUCGCAGAGCACGAGAUCCGGAAUAUUUCGUGUGCAGCCCAGGACCCAGAGGACCUGUGCACGUUUGCUUACAUCACCAAGGACCUGCAGACCAGCCACCACUACUGCCACGUGUUCAGCACAGUAGACGUGAACUUGACCUAUGAGAUCAUACUGACCCUGGGUCAGGCGUUCGAGGUGGCCUAUCAGCUGGCUCUGCAGGCCCAGAGGACCAAACAGCACCAGAGCAUCCCGGUGGGACCUGAGAUCACAGAGAUCAUGUCCAGCCGACCGGUUCCCAAACCACGAGGCAGCGUGCGGAAGCACUCUCCUCCUGUCAUCAGGCGUUGCUGUUACUGUUACACCUGCACCACCCACCGUCCCUCCUGCCCACUGCUGCACUCUUCCAUCCCCGCUGCUCAGGGGGACAUUGUGGACCAGGAGGGCGAGGCUCAGUCCCAGGGCAGCGCCACGUGGCUCGUGGACCCCAAGGAAUCCAAGCGCACUAUCAGCACCAAGCGACGGCCACUCUGAGGCAUGUCACUCUGAUCUUUCAACUCCUGACCGGUGCUGGGAAUACCUUGAUUAACUUCACCUGAGAGUGACCGCGCCCCCCCCCCCCCCACACACCCCCGCAGGCAGCACACAUCCUCAUACCUGGAUGGACGUGUCUUCCAGAGGGAACCGAGAAACUGCUCCUGUAGCUCUUCGCAUCUGUUUGAAUUUGCAGACUGUUUCUGAAUCGGGGGGGGGGGGGGGCAGGUUGUGGUGGUUAUGUAGAGGUUGAUGGAGAGGGCCUGCUCGAAGCCAAAGGAGGAUGAGAUCGUAGCACUGUGAUAACGUCCUUUAGGAGCUUAUACAGUUAUCGUUUGGGGGGUGGGGGGGUUUCCUUGUGGGGUACAAGGCUGAUAUGGGACCCGCAUGUAAUGAGGCCCAUGAUACUCCAGAAACCAGACAGCCCCGUCUGUCAUGGGACCGGCAUGCCCUCCUUUCUCUUUCUAUCAGAGGAGCGGGAUUCAAACCUGCUGCUUCUUCUGGACUGAACUAACUUUAAACUAAGCACUUUUACCAAAUCCCCAAAAAGUGUGUGAGAAUAAGUGCAUCUUCCUUUCGACUGUUUUGUUUCUUUCUCUUCUUUUCACAACAAAUGCCUUCUGUGUCUUCACCGUGUGAAUAUUCCACUGGCGACGGUGAAGGGAGUAAAUGAUUAGAACUUGGGGACCAUCCCUCACCAUCCUGUUGUUUGUGUCCAUUUGUUCAGUUGUUACUUUUACUUUGUUUUAACCUCCCUGUUUUGUGUGUGUGUCUCUGUGUGUGUGUGUCUGUCCCUUCCCCAUAGCUGAACACUGUGGCCAAUCCCAGCCAGUAAGAAAGAGCCCUGUUGUCGUGGUGGGUUUGUUUUGUCGUUGGGAACGUGACCCACUAACCACGCAGCAGAUCCCAUCACCAGUCGGCAGGUUCCCGCCACAGUAACGCACGGGCCCGGAGACUCUCAACACUGCACGCUCCCGUCACCUCACACACACAGACACACACACACACACACAUACACACACACACGCCACCAUUUAGCUUCCUGCUCGUCAGGGGAUGUUCCUGCAGGUUUCAAUUUCAACCUGUCAUUAAAAUGGAAGCGGCUGAUUUCUCUGUGUUGUUGUUCUGAUACAAAGGUACAAGUUGUCGGUAAGAGACCUCACAUUGUCGGUACGCCCCCCCCCCAACCCACCCAUCUCCCGGAUUAUCUGUCCCUUAUCCAAACACUGGAGCGUCUCUUAACGACCACGAGCUUCUCAUCCACAAGCUAACUGUGAUAAACGGGAGGAACUCUCGAACCGACGAGGAAGCGACACUACAAACACUGUUUCACAGUGAUGUAACGGGGGGGGGGGGGCUUUUUUUAUGAUUUGAAAGUUGUCUCUCUUCUUGUUUUUGUAUGUUUUAAUUGUUUUAUAGGACAGUGACGUGUCCUAAUGCAGGAACUGGAUCAGGCGUGGUUCUCUCUCUCUCUCUCUCUCUCCCUCCCUCCCUGCGUCUUUGUUAAUCUAGACAAGAUUUUUCACCAAACCUGCCACGCAGGCUGGUCUCUUAGUUUGUAGCCUCGGAACAGAACAAUAGGGCAAGUCGCUCCCAACUAACUCCCCAGUGCGCUGACUGUUAAUGGUACUUUCUCUUCUUUUGUCGGCUCAUGUGUAUAUGGGUUGGUAGUCAGGUUGUUUUUUGGUUUAACUGUUGUGUGUGUGGUACCUCGUCAGGCCAGUCUGUUAACUUUGUGGUACGCUGUGUUCCCUGGUGUUGGCACCUUCAGCCAUCGGCCUGGUCCCGUUCUGCUUUGCACAUCGCUGAGGAUCAGGAGAUAGAGAUAUUUCUGGGACUAGCCUGAUGACAACAAUGAUGAGUGAUAUUGUUCAUGAAUCUAGCAGUCUGUAUUUUGAUACUUGAAUGAUUUUUGCUUUUAUAGAUAUAUAUAUAUAUAUGUAUAUGUAUGUAUGUAUGUAAUUUUUGACGUUUGUCAAAAGAGAGAAAAGGACUAUGUCUUAUAAAGUUAAACAUAUCGUGAAUAAAUACCUUGUGAUUCAAAAAAAUAAAGGUUGAAUAAACUAUGACUCAGAAGAGGGACCUCACUUCAGAAAAAAAAAAGAUUGUACAUAAUCUUGGGCUUCCAGUCUUUUUUAUGAAUAUUUUUCAUAAUUGUUCAACUAAUAAAUGGCUCAAUUAGAAAACCUGUCCCUGUUGUCUCUUUGUCUCUCUGUCUAGUCACUCUACUUGUUUACUGCAACAAUGGAGCAGAUUGUGAUGAGCUACAGUCGCACUACAGGUAUCGCAGCCAACGUCGGAGGGUAAACAAGGUCGGUGCCAGGAGGAAAUAUUACCUCUCCACCCUCCACCUUACUUUCUGAAGCAUUUCUCUGCUGGAGGAUGGACAGCAGCUUCUCAGAGACCAGUGCAGGUGUUAACAUGCACGUAAGACGACUGUCAAAUCUCACCAUGGCUUCUCCUGUCAGUCCAAACGUCAAGACACUGCAGCAGGAACAAGCUGCAGUGACGGCACAGAGCAAUCCUGUU